GGUCAGCGUAGGUGGAAGUGCUACAAACGGUGUCAUUCACAAAGUAACAAGAAUACAUUACAAUAGUGAUAAAGAAUGCAAUUAACUUUAAAAUAGUAUUUAGAUCAUUUUCCAGGCAAUUUUACACGCGGACCUUUUGAAGUUCACGUAAAGCCAGUUUUGGGGCGUAUUUUCCGUUUCUUCACUGAUUUAUCAGCAGAUCACACUUGAGAGAUUGAUUUAAAGUUAUAUGGUUUCAAAAAUGUCCUCUAAAAUGGUGGGCUCAAACAACCUGGCACAUGCUAGGAGGAUGGUACAGCAACUGAGAGUUGAGGCCAGUAUUGAGAGGAUAAAGGUAUCCAAGGCCUCAGCUGACCUCAUGCGUUACUGUGGAGAAAACGCCAAAUACGACCCCCUGCUCAUGGGCAUCCCUGCCUCAGAAAACCCCUUCAAGGACAAAAAGCCCUGCACUAUAUUGUAGUGUAACAAGCAUUAAUCUUAUUUAAUUACUUCUACUCAACUUUGCGUUAAGUCCAGCUCUAGCUCCGUAGUAUAACUUUGUGCCAUGUCUUAACUGUAUUUAGCUCUUACAGUAUUUAUUACUGUAAAUAAACUCCAAUCAGUACUAAUUAAUUGCCAUUUUGGUAAUGAUUAGAAUUGAAUCUCAUCUUUACCAGCAUCACUUGUCUUCUGUUUGGUUGUUUGGGCCAAACUGAAAUCAUUCCACGAAAUUAUCCUACAAAUCAAGCCUUUUAGAUGUUUUAAAACCUUAAGUUCCUCUUUCCACCGAAUGAUGCCUUUAGUUACACUUUGUGUUUGAAAUAGGGAAGUAGCACAUCACAUUAUGAUACAUGGAGCUUACAACUACAUUAACUGAUUAAAUUUCACUUAACGUGUGUUAUAUAUUCCUCUAGCAGUACAUAUGAGUAAUAUUAUAGCAAAGGGACUGACUGAUCCAUAUUUUGAUUUGGAUUAUGAAUCUAAUGUGACUUCUGCAAUCAUCACUGUUUAAGUGCAUGCUGGGUAAAUAAAACAAUGUAGUAAAUCUCACAUCACACACAAAUUUGUUCUCAAUGAAAGGCAGUACCACUAUGUGCAAAACCAUUAGAGACAAGUUUAUAGGAAAAGAGAACUGAUUACCCUGCACUUUCAAACCCAUGUGCCUUAGAUUGUUCAAAGCAGUCCUCACUUAUUACAGAUAUAUACAAAUGAAAAGAUUUGUACAUUUUAUCUGUUGACACCGAGUGACUUUUCUGUUCUGUUUAGAUUUAAAGUGCCUUUUCCUUCUGAUUUAAAUUGUCUUUUUCCUGUGCCUAGGACAUUUGUAAAACAAAGACCACUGUUGUUUGAUCUUGUCUAUGAAUUGAAUGAAUUUUUCCCAGAAAAGGCAGUUGUGAAACAUUCACACCUUUUAUGGUUCAAGCAUCCAUAUAUUGAUGCUGCAACGUCUGUAUUAUUGUGGAGACAUCAGAGAAGUUAUGCAGUAUUUGAGAUUCACAACCAAAUUCCUGUGACCUCAGUGCCUCUGUGAAGAAACAAGUUUCCUUUUGUUCUUUUUGGUGUUUCUUUCUAUUCUAAUUUCUGUAUUGUUGCAAGCCUUCAUAACAUGUGCUAUAUGUACUGUACCUUGAAAGAAAGAUUUUAUUAAAAUUGUGAAAUAGUAAAACUGUG